UCCCUCUCCAUAUCUCUCCUUCUCCCUUCCAUAUCUCUCCUUCUCCCUUCCAUACCUCUCCCUUUCCCUUCCUACUUCUACACAUCUCCUUCCCUCCCUACAGGCUAUGAACACUGAACUAAAGAAACGAGACAUAAUGGCCUGUCUACCUACAGGCUAUGAACACUGAACUAAAGAAACGAGACGUUACGGCCUGUCUACCUACAGGCUAUGAACACUGAACUAAAGAAACGACACGUUACGGCCUGUCUACCUACAGGCUAUGAACACUGAACUAAAGAAACGAGACGUUAUGGCCUGUCUACCGACAGGCUAUGAACACUGAACUAAAGAAACGAGAUGAUUGAUGGUACUAGUAGUUUCUCCUCUGAUUUCAAUAAUCAAAGAUCAGGUUCGUGUUCUGAACUCUCAACUCGCUGCCGCAUACCGGAUCAAAGUGAGAUGGUGGAACCCAUGAAACUUUUCUUGGCUCAGAGAAAUGCUGAUGCCUACUUCAAACAUCAUUGUUCCGCGAGCAUCACAUUGGAACAUGGUUCAGUGGCAGCCAAACCUCAGACGAGCCAGGUGAUGUAGAUCCAUCAUGGCGUCCCGGGGAUCCGAGGUGAUGCAGUUGCGUUAUGACGCAGGUGAAAACCUGCCGCUGUGGGACGCGCUGGGCGGACGGCUGAGCUGUGGUUGGUCGGUUGGGGCAGCAGCUCGUUGCUACGAACAAGCUGUAGCAACGCACAAGCUGUAGCAACGCAGUAGUAUCGACCGGACAGGCUCAGAACAGCACGAUUCUUCAAAACUAGAGCGUUGAUGGCGGUGAAUGUAUUCUCCAUCUCUUCGGCUCUGGAGAACCUGAGUCGUCAUGAGAUGCUGUCCUGGGUCAACGACUCUCUACAGCUCACCUACACCAAGAUAGAACAACUGUGUUCAGGUGCAGCGUAUUGUCAGUUCAUGGACAUGUUGUUCCCUGGCUGUGUCCUGCUGAAGAAGGUGAAGUUCUCAGCAAUGCUGGAACAUGAGUUCAUCAAAAACUUCAAGGUCCUACAGGCCUCCUUCAAGAGAAUGGGUGUAGACAAGAUCAUCCCAGUAGAGAGGCUGGUGAAGGGGAGGUUUCAGGAUAACUUUGAGUUCAUCCAAUGGUUUAAGAAGUUUUUUGAUGCCAACUACGAUGGGAAGGAGUAUGACCCUGUGGCCACACGCCAGGGGCAGGAGGGCGCCCCCUCACCCAACCCAGGCCCCCAGAGGACGUCUCCCACGGCGACCAAGACAUUCCACGCCCCCCUGAGGCAGAUACAGUCCGCCCCCAUCCGCAGGGCGACGCCCACCAGAGCGUCAGACGCUGAGAUACUAGAACUGAACCAGCAGAUGUUGGACCUGAAACUGACAGUGGAUGGUCUUGAGAAGGAAAGAGAUUUCUACUUCAGUAAGCUGAGAGAUAUCGAGCUGAUCUGUCAGGAGAAUGAGACCAACACCAGCCCAACACUCUCCAAGAUCAUGGAUAUACUGUACGCUACUGAGGGCGAGGUUGACCUUCUCAGCCAACUUACCUGAUAAAUAAAGGAGGCGUUAUAUCGCUUUGUGGCGGCAGCGGAUGAGGCGGCGCCACGUGGAACAUUCCUCCGCUCUCUCCCCGGAUCAGCGCUUCAAGAUCCUACCUCUAUUUUAUUACUCUCAGCCUCUUCCCUCUUCCUCCUACCCCCUCCUCGCUCCCCUCCAACCCCCCAGACAUGUCAGGCUAACGCAGUACACUGAAUCGGUAUGGUUGGUGUUAGCAGGAUGCUAGGCUAAUGGCUAAUGUAAAUUAGAUAACAGGGUAGCACAGAGCAAGAAUCUAUAGCGCCCUCUACAGAUCGAGGCAGGUAACACAAACUCACUAAUCUCUGAACCCAUAAAAUUCUGUCAUGAUUGUCUCGGAUGAGGGGAGUCGAAACUCCCUCCACAGACUCACUGGUCCAGUUCAGUACCUACCAUGUACAUAUGACCAGCGAGAUCGUUGAAGAAUCACUGCGGAAUUGGAUGUUGGGAAAUGCCUUCAGAACCGUCCACUGGGGCAACAGUGAGCGCUAUUACCAUCCAGUAGACUUGGUUUUACCUUGAGGACAGGGGUGGUUAAAUAACUAAGUGUAAGCCUUCAUUUAAACAUGUUGACGUUUGGAGCAAUGGGACACCACAGCAGUGUCAGAAACACUGAACUUUGACAUUUGGAUAAACGUAGAUGAAUGACUAGUUCUGCAGUGAGACAGAGCUUGUUGCAUAUGACAUAUCAAUCCCUGCAUUAACAAUAUGGACCAGUUGACCAGAACCAUCCGAGUCCAUUCUGGAGCAAAAACAACAAUCAGAAUGAUCCAGAAGCCAACAAUGCAGUGUGAUUAGCUGAGGCCAGUAAGAAGCAGAGAACUGCUUCUGUUCAGGUCUGUUCGGUAGGGAGCAACAUCCCAGGACAUUCAGAUAGAACCAUACAUUCUGCAGGUUUUAACCUCAAUUUCCAUUUUUGUUUUGAAUGAGUUAUUUAACGUUAGCUUGGAGUGGCUAACAGGUUAGCGUGAAACUAUUACCCUGAGAAAGUUUAAUAAAAUGUAAAUGAACAACACUACUACACUGUAUAUACAAAUGGGUGAAUAUGAAUUAAUUUAUUUGAAGUGGGUUUUUUUUAGCAGCUGUUUAUGAUUGAGUUUCUUCUUGUUAGAGGCGGGGCUUAAAUGGCUAUCAGGGUCAGCCUCCGGUUGUCAUGGCAGACCUGUGACGGACAUGCAUCGUUAAGAGUUUUAUUACAGAGGCUGAAUAAACAGUGGGUUCAAAACCAGAAGGAA